UAUUCCUCUUUAACCAUUCUUAACCUUACUUACAACCCCAUUUGUAAUUCCUGCACUGCAUAUUUUUCUUCUUCUCUAAGUCCCUCUCUCUAUACUCCCCUCUCUGUCCCACAACUUUUACACACCUCUGUAUUCCCACAAGCUCUCCUCAUCCCUCAUUUCCCACUGCCAGCAACAAUGGACUUGACUUUGUGGCAGUACCAGUUCAGGGUCAUCAUGCUGGGGGACUCCACGGUGGGCAAAUCCUCCUUGCUGAAACGCUACACUGAGGAUUUGUUCCUGGAGUUCAUCAACGAGACGGUGGGUGUAGACUUCUAUGUCCACUUCCUGGAGGUGGCGCCGGGGGUCCGUGUCAAGCUGCAGUUCUGGGACACAGCUGGACAGGAGAGGUUCAGGUCGGUCACCCGCUCUUAUUACCGCAACUCGGUCGGAGGCCUGCUGGUGUUUGACAUGACCAACCGAGCCUCAUUUGACCAUAUUAAGGAGUGGCAUGCCGAGGUGUGCGAGCGGGUGCAGCCACAUAAGGUUCUGUUCGUGCUUGUGAGCCAGAAGAGUGACCGAGAUGCUCACGGGGAGAGGGUAGUGAGUCACGAAGAGGCUCAGAAACUUGCCGGACAGUUAGGGAUGCCCUACGUGGAGGCCUCUGCCAAGACAGGCCAGAAUGUGAGGGAGGCCUUCGAGCUCCUCACUCGAAGGAUCUACCAGGGUCUGUUGAGCGGAGAGGUAGAGCUGCAAGAGGGCUGGGAUGGGGUCAAGUGCACUUCCCCACAAGCGCUGCAGUUACAGAGAGCCAGCCUGACUCAGCUCAGCAAACCCCCCAAGACCAACAACAAGAAGUGCUGUAGUUAAACUGUGUGCUGGUGGUUGUCACCUAUAUGCACUCAUGUUACUGUAAAACCAAAACCAGCUCCCUGAGCUAGAUUUGUGGUGACAUUUUACUGUAUGACGUGAUCAUGGAACACACUGAUUUACAUCUUUCUGUGACAGAUAUUCUGUGACUCUGUAUGUAGCUAUGCGUGUACUUUCAACAUCCUUGAAAUCAGGUUUUGUGUACUUAACUAAGUGUUUUUAAAAUGUUAAAUCUACAUUUUGUGUUUUUAAGAUUUUGUUAGGGUCUACACUUGGAUUCAUGCUCUCUUAUGGGAGAUGCUAGGGCACAUAGCUGAUCAGAUGCGGUCAUUGCUUACCUCAGUUCAGCAGGGUCAUGGGUUGUAAUGAUGAUAUCCAGUAGUUGAGGCUUUUUCCCUAUUAAGUCUAAUAGGUGCUAUAGAUGAAACUCUGUUACCCAUUUAAUGUGUUAGGACAGGAUACUAUCACAUCCACUCUACUACUGAUUUUUGGAUCUCGGGACCUAUUAACUAGAAAGGUGGCUCCCAGCUGGAGGGGGGGGGGAAAGUAUAUUUGGUAAAACUCCUCCUGAGGUCAUGAUUUGUAACCAGGGGUUGCAAGUUUGAUUAAUUGUGAGAAGUCACAAGCACAAAAGGUUGGGAACCACUGCACUAGAGGGACAUCCUGCUUUUUCCUCAGAACCCAUUUCUGUGCAUAAAUCUGGGAAUUCUUGUCUAUGUUGGUUGUUUAAGUCCAGUGUUGUGCAAAUUACUGAAAAUUAGUAAUUAGUUACAGUUACUACUCUCAAAAGUAACUGAAUGACCAAUUACUGCAUAUAAAAGCCUAAUUAGUUACGAGGGAAAGUAACAUCUGUGUCACUUCUAAAUGUCUGCUUCAAUUCUUCUAUCAAUGCACACAUAGCUAUAUUAUUUUAGUGUUGCUUUGGUACAUUGUGGGACAAAACAACCAUCAAAUUUUAUCUAUCAUUGUACCCAUUAUCACUAUGAUGAUAAGUAAGUAGUGGAACAAUAAAUCAAAAUGGAUGUUUUGAUAGGCCUAUUUAUUGUAGCCUCAACAGGCCUUCAAAUCAAACACUAGUGCACAAGUCAGUUUUAAUACUCUUUUGGCAGUGUAACAUGAAAUAGUCCCAACAACAGUUUCUCUGUAGUGGAAUUACUAACACUGGCAGCAGAGGAAGAUGGGGUAUUAUAUUGGGUCCCCUGCUUGAGAUCAGAGGCAUCACUCUGGGCAAUUAUGCUGCCAGUGCAUCUUUUGGGACUGAGCAGGUUUUUGGAAAGAGCUUUGUCGCAUCACCAAUAAUUGCACAGCGUUCUGCAAGUUAGCAAUUUUAGCAGGUGUCAGUGUUACCUCGGGGUUCUACUCAGCACAAACAGAGUCGCAAGCAGUUCUGUCCACUUUAGGUCAUCCCUUUUUUAUUGACCACACGCAUGCUUUCACAACAUAAACAUGUUUCUCACUCUUAACUCCUCCGCUCACUUGACCGGUGUUUCCGGAGGGCACACAGUCCACUUUCUCAAACACAUAAUCAAUAUACAAUUAUAACUGAGAGCUGGCAUGUCUUAUUCUGGCUCCAGUGUGUGUGUGUGUGUGUCUUCCCAGGUCCAGCAUGCUACUGCAUCAAGAGGAGAGAUAAUAAUUAGACGACAGGUAACACCUGUGCCAAUUAGACUACCCCAGUACUGCUCCCAUGAGCCACUCCCACCCGUCUCUCCCCUGCAGCUGAACCUGAACCACAUCCCAUCACCUCAGUGCUGUUGUUGAAAUGAAUUACACAAAAACUCCAGGGUGCCUUUGGAUAUUGUUCUUUUGAAAUGCUGUGAGAGGUUUCCAUAGCAAUUACCGUUCCUCUGGCUGAUGAAUAGUCUCCUGUGUUUCUGCAUACCAAAAUGCAGACAAAGACGCCCAGAUUAAGGAUUCACUGACUGGUUGUUAACUGUUGAGUCUGUAUGAUGGUUUGUGUACUCGGUUCUCUACACACUGCAAGUUCAAUGAUUAUGUUUUGUACUUUUAAAUGUUUUAACUCCACUGGACCCUUAAAAACUUCAAUGUAGUCAAAUACUGUACAGUGUAGUCCUUUUAAGAGACAAUAAAUCACUUUCAAACUAACAGCAAUAAGCAUUUUUUUCUUACAAAUUGAAAGCCUUCCCUACAAACUCAAAGAUAAUCCUUUCUAAUAAAUGCAGACACCAUGUUGAACUUCUCCUCAGUUCAGUCUGGCCUCCUCAUUUGGUAAUAUCAAUCAUUUAUUAUUUUUUAUGACAUUAUGAAAACAUCUGGAGAUCAUUUCUUCCAUCAUUAUUUUGAUGCAAUAUUCUGAAAAUGGACAAGAAUAAAAAUAAAAUUUACAUGGAUGUUUGGAGUAAAUUACUGUAAUAAAACCAACUACAUUCAGUUACAAUAGACAACAGCACAUACA